AUGAAAGAACCGGUUUCAGUCCGCGUGGUUUCACACCCCUUCGCCAGCAUCACUGCCCCGGAAAUCGAAUCAGCAGUAGAAAUCACGCUCCCAUUAGCAACAGUCCGCCACAAUGUGAACAAGGACCAAAUUGCGUUCAAGUCAAUUAGUCUCAUAGAGCCUCCAAAGAGCGACAUGAUUCCAUAUCUGGAAUUGGAACAUGCCGGGGAACCACCAGCCAGUCGGCCUAAAUUGCCUCGUCGUGUGGAACUUCUUUACUACAUCAAAAACACGACAAAAAUCUACGAGGAAAUUGUCUCUCUAGACGAUAAGAGUGAACUUGCCCAUUUUUCAGUACCUAACAUCCACCAAGGGUUCAUGGAUGCACUGGAAAAUAGAGGCGGCAUUGAAGUUGUUCGCCAAUCGAAGCUGUGGGCCGAUGCUCUUAAGGAGCUCGGUUUAAAUGACGACAUAGAGCUUCUGUAUGAUGCAUGGCCACAUGGCGCAGACAAAGACACCGCGAAGAUACCACCUCGUCAUUUGAGAGCCAUUGCCUACGUCAAGGGACCAAAAGGAUCUCAUCCGGAGAAUAAUCGAUAUGCAUUCCCGCUUCCUAUUUCUCCCGUGGUGGAUAUCUUGACUCGCGAGGUGAUUUCGAUCAAUCCGCUACCAACAGCUGGGAUAGAGCCAAAAGAGUGGCUAGGCUCAGCAUUUAAGCAGGAAGAAAGAGGAGAAGGCAAGAAGGAAAAACACGAAGUAUCAGGGAAAUGGUGGGAGAAAACCGCCCUCAAGGACUGCCGGCCAAGCAACUUUGUCGACGACCUUCAACCUCAGCGCCGAAAAGACGUUAAACCCAUCGUCGUUACCCAACCAGAAGGUGUGAGCUUUACCGUCAAAGACGCAUCAUUGGUGGAGUGGCAGAAAUGGAGCUUCCGAGUGAGUUUCAAUUUUCGCGAAGGAAUGGUGGUUCAUGAUGUCCGAUAUGACAAUCGGAGUCUGUUCUACCGACUCAGUUUGAGUGAGAUGACUGUUCCUUAUGGUGAUCCUCGCUCGCCGUAUCAUACCAAGCAGGCGUUCGACGUGGGAGAUGCUGGUGCUGGUGCACUUGCCAAUACUCUCCGAUUGGGCUGUGACUGCCUGGGGUCGAUCUAUUAUUUCCAUGGACUGUGCAAUGGAUCGAGUGGACAGCCGAUUGAACUGCCAAAUGUGGUAUGCUUACAUGAGGAAGACAAUGGGAUUUCCUGGAAGCAUACGAAUGAUGCCACUCAUGCCAGCGUCUCUGCUCGAUCAAGGGUCUUGAUCCUGCAAACCAUGAUCACCGUUGGAAAUUACGAUUAUAUCAUGGCUUGGAAGUUUGAUGAAGCGGCCAAUCUUUCUUACGAUGUCAAAGCCACCGGAAUCUUGUCUACUCAUCUUAUUGAGUCUGGCAAGGUGUCGCCAUGGGGAAAUGUCGUUGCUCCCGGCAUCUUCGCUCAGAAUCAUCAGCAUCUUUUCUGUCUUCGAUUAGACACGGCAAUCGACGGAUAUAAAAACUCCGUCCAAACUGAAGAAUGUCAUCCAUUGGAAAUGGAUGAUUCUCUGAACAUCCACGGGAAUGCAUGGGAAGUGCGAAAGGACAUCAUCGAACAGCCCGGCUUUCGCGAUGCAAACCCCCUGCAAAACCGCGUCUUCAAAAUAAUCAACGAAAAUAGCGUGAAUCCAUACUCCAAGAACCCGGUGGGAUACAAAUUUAUGCCUCCACCGUCCCAAAUGCUUCUCGCUCAUCCGUCCUCGGUUAACGCGAAACGCGCCAAAUUCGCGCAGCAUCAUGUUUGGGUGACGCGGCAUCAAGAGGGGGAUCUGUGGGCUGGCGGGAAAUGGACCACCAACUCAUCAGAGGAAAUCGACGGAAUAUCGAAGUAUGUUGCAAGCAGUGGUUCUGUGCGAAAUGAGGAUGUGAUUGUGUGGAUUACCUUCGGAAUGACGCACUCACCGCGCGUGGAAGAGUUUCCCGUCAUGCCGACAGAGUCAAUGUCAGUGAUGCUGAAACCAGUCGACUUUUUCACACACAAUCCUGCGUUAGAUAUGCCUCGAAACUAUACCGGCGAGGGAUCCGUACACGUUAAACAACCUCUAUGUCAUUAA